UCCGUGUGUGCGGAGCGGCCCAGGCAGUGUGAGCUUGAGCCUGCGCCGGCUCCGAGCAGCUCCAGGGUGAGGAGGGCAGGGCAGGUCUGGGCGGCGCCGGGGCUGAGCAUCGCGAGGCGGGCGGCAGGACCGUGGCCUCUGAGUCCGCAGGACCACCUGUCGCGGGACGAAGCUUCGGGUAAAAGAAAAGAUGUUUUCAAGAUUAAGAGCAGCUGCUACUCCUUGUUCUUUGGCAUGCCGUCAUUUGCACACGAAGGAGAAAGGCAAGCCACUCAUGUUGAAUCCAAGAACAAACAAGGGAAUGGCUUUUACAUUACAGGAACGACAAAUGCUUGGUCUUCAAGGACUUUUACCCCCUAAAAUAGAGACACAAGAUAUUCAAGCUUUACGAUUUCAUAAAAACUUGAAAAAAAUGACCAGCCCUUUGGAAAAAUAUAUCUAUAUCAUGGGAAUACAAGAAAGAAACGAGAAACUGUUUUAUAGAAUACUGCAAGAUGAUAUUGAAAGUCUAAUGCCAAUUGUAUACACACCAACAGUUGGUCUUGCUUGUUCCCAAUAUGGACAUAUCUUUAGAAGACCUAAGGGAUUAUUUAUUUCAAUCUCAGACAGAGGUCAUGUUAGAUCAAUUGUGGAUAACUGGCCAGAAAAUCAUGUUAAGGCUGUUGUGGUGACUGAUGGGGAGAGAAUUCUGGGUCUUGGAGAUUUGGGUGUCUACGGAAUGGGAAUUCCAGUAGGAAAACUUUGUUUAUAUACAGCCUGUGCAGGAAUACGGCCUGAUAGAUGCCUGCCUGUCUGUAUUGAUGUUGGAACUGAUAAUCAAGCACUCUUAAAAGAUCCAUUUUACAUGGGCUUGUAUCAGAAGAGAGAUCGCUCACAACUUUAUGAUGAUCUGAUUGAUGAAUUCAUGAAAGCAAUUACUGACAGAUAUGGCCGGAACACACUUAUUCAGUUUGAAGACUUUGGAAAUCAUAAUGCAUUCAGGUUCUUGAGAAAAUACAGAGAAAAAUAUUGUACCUUCAAUGAUGACAUUCAAGGAACAGCUGCAGUAGCUCUCGCAGGUCUUCUUGCAGCCCAAAAAGUUAUUAGUAAACCGAUUUCAGACCACAAAAUCUUAUUUCUUGGAGCAGGAGAGGCUGCCCUUGGAAUUGCAAAUCUUAUAAUUAUGUCUAUGGUAGAAAAUGGACUUUCAGAAGAAGAGGCACAAAAGAAAAUAUGGAUGUUUGACAAGUAUGGUUUAUUAGUUAAGGGUCGAGAUGCUAAAAUAGAUAGUCAUCAGGAACCAUUUGUACACUCGGCCCCAGAGAGCAUACCUAAUACUUUUGAAGAUGCAGUAAAUAUACUUAAGCCUUCAGCUAUAAUUGGAGUUGCAGGUGCUGGCCGGCUUUUUACUCCUGAAGUAAUCAAAUCCAUGGCCCGUAUCAAUGAAAGGCCUAUAAUAUUUGCAUUAAGUAAUCCAACAGCAAAGGCUGAGUGCACCCCUGAAGAAGCAUACACACUUACAGAGGGAAGGUGUUUGUUUGCCAGUGGAAGUCCAUUUGGGCCAGUGAAACUCCAAGAUGGGCGAAUCUUCACACCAGGUCAAGGAAACAAUGUAUAUAUUUUUCCAGGUGUGGCUUUAGCUGUUAUUCUGUGUCACACCCGACAUAUCAGUGACAAUGUUUUCCUUGAAGCUGCCAAGGCACUGACAAGUCAGUUGACAGAUGAAGAGUUAGCCCAAGGGAGACUUUACCCACCACUUGCUAAUAUUCAGGAAGUUUCUAUUAACAUUGCUAUUAAAGUUACAGAAUACUUAUAUACUAACAAAAUGGCUUUCCGAUAUCCAGAACCUGAAGACAAGGCCAAGUAUGUUAAAGAAAGAAUAUGGCGAAGUGAAUAUGAUUCCCUGCUGCCAGAUAUGUAUGAGUGGCCAGAAGCUGCAUCAAGACCUCCCCCAAUAACAGAAUAGAAGCACUGCACUGAUAAACACUUUCCAUACAUCAGGGAACCCGUGUUUGUUUGUUUGUUUGUUUUAAACAAAAGAGAGAAUAUCUGCGUUCUGUUCUUCCCCACUGCUUUCGUUGACUUACUUUUUCCAUGAGUCUACACGUUGGUUGGGGUAGAUGUGUUGACUGUCUUGAGGGGAACCAGCACCCUAUCACCAGUAACCAUAAUGCUUCAGUCCUGGUUUGUAGCCCAUUACCACAUGCAAGAGAUGUAAAAAAUACUUCUGUGGAUGCCUUUGCUCCCACUCUUGUUCAUUCUUGCCAAGGUAUUGUUACUUACUGUUACAGAUGAUAAUCUUCCCUCACUGAAAUUUACUUCUGUGAAUUUUUAAUAGAAACACAUUUUAACCAAACUCCAAAGUACCAGUAUUUAAAACUUCCUUUAAAAAUAUCUGCUUUAUUUUAUCUUAAUGCUUUGAAAUUCCUUUAUAAUAGAAAAUUUUUUUCCCAUUUUUUGCAACUAAAUCAAGGUUUAAGUGUAACAUUAUGAGAAAAUAAUGGGAAUUAUACUACUGCUGCCGGUAGACAAGGAAAACAGUCAUUUGCAACAGUAUUAAGUAAGUUCUGAUUCACAUCUGAACACAUUCCAUUAUUGAAAAUAUACCAUUAUCCCAACAGUGAUGCUCUUCUUACUUGAUAUAAUUUGGGAUUCCAUCAUAUAUUCCUUUGAAUGUUGUUAGUAGUGACAACUCUUUCUGUAUUGAAGAUGGAUUUAAUAUUUUUCAGAGUUGAGUGGGAAGGAAUAAGUGUUGUGGCGAGGAAAUGCCAUUUUUAAUCCUGUAAAAUGGCUAAAAGACCAAGUUUUGUUGUGUGGUAUAUACUGGAGAUUUUAGGGGAAAAUUCAAAGACAUCUUAAGAAAUAGUAUGACUGUAGUAUCUACCCAUCAUGGAUGCUUUGAGAGGGCAAAACUUUUUCCUUUGAGAUUAGAUUGAACCCCAAGGUACUCUAUCCUGAGCUAUAUCCUUAGCUCUUUUUUUUUUAAGACAAGCUCUUGCUAAGUUGUGAUCCUCCUGAGUAGCUGGGAUUACAUGUGUGCUACCACACCCUGCAAGAGGAUAAAACUGCUAAAUGGCCUUUCUAAAAUAGUAACAACAAAAACAAAUUAUUCAUAGAUAUUUAUCAGUAAACACAUUUAAUAUUUGUAGGUAAAAGAGGCUUUUUUGUUUUUUGUCUUCUCAUCUGCCUAUUGAGAUUGAUUCAUAAUAAAUUUUGAACAUAACUUAUUAUUUUAAGAAUGCUUAGUGUGUACAAGGCCCUGGAUUUGAUCCACAGGACCACCAGGGGAAAAAAGUUUGAAAUGGGAUUGCCAUUUGGAAUAUUGAAAAAUAUAGUUGGUUAAUCCAUUUAAAGUCAGAAGUUUGUCUCAAAAAAACAAGGAAUUAGGUCACAAUUUGAUUCUUUUAAUUAAAGAUGAAAGGUUUGUGUUUUUCAUGUUGUUUUUUGAAAAUAAAAUCACCUCUACCAAUAUUCUGUGUGAAAUAUGUACUUUAUUUUAAUAGUGUAAAUAUAAUUAGGAGCCUGGUUUUUGCUUAGUGUUGAUUAAAGGCAGGGACAUACGUUGAAUUAGUCUUUUCAAAAAUCUACUUAUGUUUAUUAUUUACAAACUAGUAUUUGAAGAAGUAUCAAUUAUUAGCUAUAAAUUAAAUUUAAUACUGUUUAGUAUUUAAGAAUACAAAUGGCCAUAGUAGCAUCAAAUUGGAAGAGUAAAUAUUUGGGGUUUCCAUAAGAACCUUUAGGAAGAAAAUUAUCUUAAAAACUAAAGAAAUUCUAUAAAUUAAUUUUUAGUAAGUAGUAGGAAAAGAAAGAUAAAUCCAUGUUUUCCUCAUCUGUCACCACCACCUGUGUUAUGAAAGAAACUAGAUAACUAAUGAGGGAAGGUUCAUUGACAAUAAUAAGGGGAAAGUUUCUAGUUUUGGUUAAAAUAUUUUUCAAAGAUUUUUAUUGUUUUGGUUUUUUUGAGGGGUUUUUUUGUUUUUGUUUUUGUUUGGUCCAGUAUUAAGAAUUGAACCCAGGCUCUCUGCAUUGAGUAUAUCCUCAGCCCUUUAUAAUUUUUUGAGACAGUCUAAGUGUCCAGGAUGGACCUAAACUUGGGAUCCUCUUGCUUCAACCUCCUGGUGUGCUGGGAUUACCAGCAAGUACCAUCAAAUUCAGCUAAAGACGGAUUCUCUUUCUCUUUUUUUUUUCUUCUUUGAGACGGGGUCUCACUAUGCAGUUCAGACUGGCCUUGAGCUCACUUUGUAGCCCAGGCUGGUCUCAAACUCCCAACGAUCCUCCCACCUCAGCCUCCCGAGUGCUGAGAUUACAGGCAUGAGCCACCAUGCCCAGCUCAUAAGGACGGAUUCUCAAUCAGGAGGCUGCCUCAGAAUCACUGUAAACAGUCUUUAAAAUGGGGAUGCCUCUGUUCCCUCUCCCUCUAGACCAACAGGGCAGAGCCCCGUUAGAUGUAUUUUCCGCAGGCUUCCAGAUGAUUCUGAUACACAGCUCUUCCCCUCACAAUCAUUGCCUUAGAGUGGACAACAAAUCAGCUGGAGAACCAAUUAUGCUGGUGCUGAUGCUGGUGCAGGGGUCAAGGUGGGGCCUGAGAUUCUGCAUUUCUGACAGUCUUCCCAGCAGUUGUACAGAGCACAUGCCGAGAGGUGUGUAGUUUUAGUGUUUCUGUAACUGUGUUUCAGUCUACAUGAGAACAGUUAACUGAGAUUAUGUUUUGCAUAGAAUAGCUUCCAUCUGGUUUUAUUAGGUUUUUACAAGAUGCUAACAAUUAAUAUAGAACUUUUAAACAAGUUUUUCUGAAAAUAAAAGUACUAUUUGACUAUAGAUUUGUAGUUAAUAAGAAAAGAUAUGUAACAAAGGUAAAUGAAAUCUAGCAACCAGUAUUCAUUUGUAAAAGAUUAUCUGAUGGACAUCUGUGGGGGGGGGGUUCUAUUUUAUUCUCUAAUAACACUUCCUUAUGUUUUGUUCUUUCUCAGUUAUCAGCCUCUGGAGAAAUGGGGUUUUACAUUUUUACAAAAGACUCACUAAUGAAUUUAGACUGACUAUAAUGAUUAUUAAGGAGUGUGGAGCAUUAGUUGUUCCCAGAAAACAAAGCCUAAAAUGGAUGGGGCCAGUGAAGAAAGUCCUCCUUGGUAGGGAACCCAGAGCUCCUAGAGGUGUUUUUUUUGUUUUUGUUUUUGUUUUUGUCAAGCCAAUUCAGAAUUCAGAAUCCUCUAGGAUAAAUACUAGGUUUUUUGAGACAAGGUCUCACUAUGUAGUUGAGGCUGCCCUUGAACUCACUGUGUACCCCAAGCUGACCUUAAACUUUUGGCGAUCCUCCUGCCUUAGCCUCAUGUGUACUAGGAUUACAAGUGUAUGCCACCACAUUGUUCACAUUCACAUAGCUUCAGUAUUCUGUUGAAUUCAGUUCUGGUGGGUAGGCAGUAGUUGCCAAGAUUAGUAUAUAUCUCAAAGCUCUUCAUUGGGAUUCCAUUUAAAGGGAAGUCCUGAAGAAUGGAAUAGCACUGUAAUGCCAUCCAAAACAAGACCACCUGUGUCCAGGUGUAGGCACACUGCUGACUAGCGUGUGGCACAGUUCAUUACCUACUUAGCUCUCAAUUCACAACUUACACUUUUUACAUAUAAGUGUUAAAACUCUUCUGUAGAUGAGCUAAGAACAUACUUUGUUUUGUUUAUUUGUUUGUUUUUGGUACUGGGGAUCGAACUCACGACUUUGUGUUUGCCAAGCAGGCACUUACACCAGUGAGCUAAACCCCUGGCUAUAGAAUAUACUUUGUAUUUUAAAUAGUCAAGAUAAUUCAGCUCUAAAAAAAAACUUCAUCUGAAGUCAAGAAAAGUUUUUUUUUUUUUUUUAAAACAAGUUUCUCAGUAAAUACUUCAGGUUAUCUUUGAACUCACAGUGUAGCCCAGAUUGCCCUUGAGGUGAUCUUCCUGCCUCAGCUUCCUGAGUUCUGGCAUUAUAGGCAUAUGCUACCAUACCUAGCUUCUGGUAGGAUUUUUUUUUAACAGUAAAAAAUUUUUUUCAAAUUUCAGUAAAUUUAGGCAGGCCAACGUAGGACAUGAGUAUUGAUGGGGGCUAGAUAAACUGAUGCUUACAUUUUAAAACAUUAAUUAUACCCUUUCUUAAGUAAGGGUUCAUAAACUUUCAGAUGUAUCCAUAAAGAAUUUGGUUUGGGAUUUAAUAAGUUACACCAAAGAUUCUAUAUAGGCUAGUUCAUUAACAUCUUUUGAUUUAGUAGUUUUUAUAGACUCACCAGCUGCUAUCACAUUUGUGUAAACAAGUUUCAGUAGUACUUAUAAUACUUGUGAAUCCACAUGUGUUGGUGUGCAUUUGUAUUAUAAGGUACAUUCUAGAAGAUAUUUAUUGUAUUAUAUGCAUAAUACUUCCAUUAAAAGAUAAGAACAAUUAGAAUGUACUAAUAUAAAACAUUGAAUAGAGGCCUAUUUUAGCUAUUUGACAAAAUUUUUACCUACUGUUUAAUUGUACUUUGUCUAAUGAUCUUUAGAAAUAAAACUGUAUUUUUGCAACUGAUAUUUUUGUGUUCCUUUGGGUAACACUUAAGAAUUGUUGACUUUAAGAAAAAAAAGUUACACUUAGCCUUUCUGACCUUUGCGUUUGAGAUAAAAUGAUGGAUUGCCUAGUCUUGUAAUUGCUUGUGGGAAUACUAGUUUUAAGUGGAUUGCCUUGAAUAGAGCAUAUACAUGGUCCAAGAAACAAUCUUAAAGACAUUAUAUUUAUGUGAAUUAUUUUUCCCUUUUGUGUUAUAUUGUAAUGAGAUGUGUGUUCUUGUAUAUUCUUAGUAAAAUUUCCUGUGCAUAAAAAA